CUCACAGUCACAGUUGUCACUCGGGGAGUAUAGAGUCACGGCCGGGCACUAGUAGCACAGUUAACACAGAGAAACGCAGAGACACAGAGUCGUGCUAUUGUCUGCAAUGGGACGCAUUUAAAUGGACGCCUCUUCGCUUCUUCGCUUCUCUUCUCUUUGAGAUGACGAUGAAAAGCUGAUCAGUUGUUCUUGAGGGAGAAUUAAUCUGAGGAGGAGGAACAACAAGGCAUCAUGAGUUGGCUUUACUGUGUGCUUUCUCUCCUUGUGUUGGCAGGCUCCGGUUGGUGCUCUGACCAUGAGACCACUCUGGUGAAAACCUUAUUCACAGGCUACAACAAAGUGGUCCGGCCUGUCAAUCACUUCAAGGACCCUGUGAUUGUCACCGUCGGGCUGCAGCUUAUCCAGCUCAUUAGUGUGGAUGAAGUUAAUCAGAUUGUCACAAGCAAUGUCAGACUGAAGCAGCGCUGGCAAGACGUGAAUUUGCAAUGGAACCCUCAAGAUUAUGGCGGAAUCAAGAGGAUACGAAUCCCAUCGACAGACAUUUGGCGCCCUGACCUGGUCCUUUACAACAAUGCAGAUGGUGACUUUGCGAUCGUGCACGAGACCAAGGUUCUGCUGGAGCACACGGGGAUGAUCACAUGGAACCCUCCGGCCAUCUUCAAGAGCUACUGUGAGAUCAUCGUCCUCCACUUCCCCUUCGACCUGCAGAACUGCACCAUGAAGCUGGGCACCUGGACAUACGAUGGCACACUGGUGGUCAUCAAUCCUGACAAUGACCGGCCUGACCUGAGCAACUUCAUGGAGAGCGGCGAGUGGGUGAUGAAGGACUACCGCAGCUGGAAGCACUGGGUCUACUACGCCUGCUGCCCGGAGACGCCCUACCUGGACAUCACCUACCACUUCCUCAUGCUCCGGCUGCCCCUCUACUUCAUCGUCAACGUCAUCAUUCCCUGCAUGCUCUUCUCCUUCCUCACUGGACUGGUGUUCUACCUGCCCACUGACUCUGGUGAGAAGAUGACCCUGAGCAUCUCCGUCCUGCUGUCCCUGACUGUGUUCCUGCUGGUCAUCGUGGAGCUGAUUCCCUCCACCUCCAGUGCCGUGCCCCUGAUCGGGAAGUACAUGCUCUUCACCAUGGUCUUCGUCAUCGCCUCCAUCAUCAUCACCGUCAUCGUCAUCAACACCCACCACCGCUCCCCCAGCACGCACACCAUGCCACCAUGGGUCCGCAAGAUUUUCAUUGAAACCAUUCCCAACCUGAUGUUCUUCUCCACUAUGAAGAGGCCAUCCCUGGAGAAACAAGCCAAGCCCAUAUAUUCAGCUGACCUUGACAUUUCCGACAUCUCUGGCAAGCCAAAUCCCGCCACCGUCACAUACCAAUCCCCCAUCCUGAAGAACACAGACGUGCGCAGUGCCAUAGACGGGGUCAAGUACAUUGCGGAGACCAUGAAAUCAGAUGAGGAAUCCAACAAUGCCUGUGAGGAGUGGAAGUUUGUUGCCAUGGUGUUGGACCACAUCUUGCUCUGCGUCUUCAUGGCUGUGUGUAUAAUCGGAACCCUGGGGGUCUUCGCCGGACGCCUCAUAGACCUCAGCCUGCAACCCUGAAACAGGCUGCCCUCCGUCAACUUUCUGCAAAGCAUUCAAAAAAGAUUACAUUGACUUGGGGUGGGAGAGGGUGUGUGAAUUCCUCAAUGUUAGUUUUUUGAAAAAAAAAUAUUGAUAUAUUUCUGUAGAUAUGUAGCCAAGUUUGUACAGACCAACUUGUUAGUGUUCCUUGCUUUGGGUGUCAGUAAUGGCAGGCAGGCAUUUUUAUUUGUACUACUAGACGAUAUAAACUAGCUUUAGAAUGUUCACAGUAACAGGAAAUUCAGAUGCAUCAAGGAAAUAUGAUCCUUAAAAUGCAUGGGAUUCAUAAAAUGUCUGUUUAGUUCAAUCCCACCAACUCAGGACAGGACCUACUGCUAAUCACACAUACAGACCGCAGGGGAUGAACCUUACAGCAGAGUUCAUAGGGACGUGACUGUACAUAACUUUUCAAAACCCUUCCCUAUGGUAAACCAAGGCUUUCAGUAAUGACAUCCCUUACUGUGAAUUAAGGCAGGCGUUAGAAAUUCAGCUGAUUAAAACAAUCCAUAAAUAAAUAAAAUGGCAGGGCAAUAUUUGGGGUGGGAAAUGUUUUUGGUUUGCAGUUUAUCCACAGUGGAGGUUGUUAAAAAUCUUGUUCUUGGCAUCUUUGCAUUGCUUUAGGGCAUUUGGUGUAUAUUUAUACAUGUAUCUCUGCUGGAAUGUAAAACUGAUACGGUAUUACUUUGUAAACUCCAAUGCAAGGUUAUCUCUAUGUGUAUGAUUUUAACUCAUUAUUUAAAAUAUACUGUCUUCCGUUAAAAAUGCAUAACCCUUUUGUUAAUGGAAUAAAUAAUAUAUUUGAAA